GAUGCCUUUGUAGCAUUCCAUGUUGACAAGGUGCUGGUGAGCAAGUACUUGAAGUCACUGCAGAUUGGGGAGCUGGCACCAGAUCAACCCAGUAUUGAGCCCACUAAAAAUAAAAUGCUGGUGAAAGACUUCCGUGAACUGCGUGCUACUGUUGAGAAAAUGGGACUUCUGAAGCCAAAUCAACUCUUCUUCUUCCUGCACCUCGCUCACAUCCUCCUGUUGGAUACUGCUGCUUGGCUCAUUCUCCUCUACUUUGGGACAUCCUUAAUGCCCUUUAUUGUCUCUCUGGUGGUGCUGACCAUUUCCCAGGUCCAGGCUUCAUGGUUACAACAUGAUUUAGGACAUCUUUCAGUAUUCAGGAAGACCAAGUGGAACCACUUGCUGCAUAAGUUUGUGAUGUGCCAUUUGAUUGGGGCAUCAGCCAAAUGGUGGACUCUUCUGCACUCCCGGCACCAUGCCAAACCCAACUGCUUCCAGAAAGACCCUGAUAUUGAUAUGCACCCUUUCUUGUUUACUUUGGGGAAGAAAUUCUCUGUGGAGCUUGGGAUCAAAAAGAAAAAAUACAUGCCAUACAAUCACCAACACAAAUACUUCUUCAUCACUCUUCCUCCGCUCCUGUUUCCCACCUACUUCCACUGCCACACAUUUUAUAUUGCAUAUACAAAAAGGUAUUGGGUGGACUUGGCCUGGAUGCUGACCUUCUAUAUCAGAUUCUUUUUUACUUAUGGAUCAUUAUUAGAAAUAAAGAGUCUCCUGGCAUAUUAUUUUAUAUUCAGGAUGCUGGAGAGCAGCUGGUUUGUCUGGGUUUCACAGAUGAACCAUAUCCCUAUGGAUAUUUACUAUGACAACAAUUUGGACUGGGUGUCUACUCAGCUCCAGGCAACGUGCAAUGUUGAGCAGUCUCUGUUCAACGACUGGUUCACUGGGCAUCUGAACUUCCAGAUUGAACAUCACCUGUUCCCCACAAUGCCAAGACACAACUACUGGAAGGUGGCUCCUCUGGUGAAGUCCUUGUGUGCCAAACACGGCAUUGAGUACCAAUGUAAGCCGUUGCUCACGGCUUUUGCAGACAUUGUGCACUCUCUGAAGAAUUCAGGAGAGCUCUGGCUUGAUGCCUACCUACACAAAUAA